AUGCACGAAAAACAUACAACCUCGAUCCCACAAUUCCCCCCGUCGGCACUCGUACCCAGCUUGCCUCCACCACCACCACAGUCCGUACGACUAUCGUACAUGCGCGGCCCAAAUGUCACCAUCACGCUGCACCACCCGACCUCCAAACCCCAUCUCCUCCCCAUGAAGAUGCCAGAACGGCUGCUCCACCUCUACCUGCCCUCAACCCUGCUCUCCAAAUCCCUAACCACGGACCCUUCCACCGGCGCAAAAACCCUCACACUGUUCCCGCAAUCAUCGCCACCAUCAUCAUCACCAACAUCACCAUCCUCUUCCCCAGCAACAACGACAACGGAAAUCGACAUCCCCGCCCUCACCCUCCUCUUCAACCACCUCAAAGGCCUCAUGUGCACCAACGCCCCCUGGAACGUCCUCCCCGCCACCCCGACCCUCCACCACUGCAUCCUCGCGCUCCGCGCAUGCGAGAUCCUGCAUCUCUCCGCCGGCGCGCAGACGCUGGCAGCGAAGCUCAUGGGCAUGGUGUACGGGACCGAAUUGUCCGCCGACGACGUGCGGGACCUGUGGCUCGCGUUCGGGAGGCAGGAGGAGUGGAUGCGGGCGGUUGCGCGGAGCAUUGCGCGACGCAGUGUGUGGGGUGGCGGGCUCAGGGACGGGGAGUUUAUCGAGUGGUUUCUUGUUAGUGGGGAGGUGCCGUGGAGGGAGAGGGUGGGGAUGACGGAGGCGAUUAAGAGGAUGAGGGAGGAGUGUGAGAGGGAGGCUGGGAGGGGGAACGGGGUCAGGAGUAGGAGGAGUGGGAAGAGGAGGAGGAGUAAGGUGGAGUUGUUGCUGUGGAAGGGGAGGAGGGCGGCUUGUUCGGCGUGUUGA